GAAGCUGAUGCAGACGUGAAAUCAAUCAUUCACGAGCUUUCGGAGCUUCGUUAUCGCAUAAUGACUGAUAAACCAUUAGAAGAUCUAAGUGAUACGUCAUACAGUUAUAAGAUGUGGAACAAAGCUAUAGCUGAUAUGCGAAAGAAGCAUGGGGAAGAACAAGUCACAUGGUUCAAGAUGAGCUGGUUGUUCAAUGAGUGCUACUUGUACAGAAAAGUAAUCGGCGCCGUGGUUAAAACAAAGCAUCUCAAAGAUUUUGACAUUUUUGAAGAACAAAAAGUCGAAGGAUUCAAUAGCCAACCGAAUCAAGGUGGAUCCCGGCAAUUGCAUAUUGUACUUGAUAAUGCUGGUCCGGAGCUCAUGGGUGAUUUAAUGCUGGCGGAAUAUCUUAUGGGAACAAAACUUGUGGAUAAGACUGUUUUGCAUGGAAAGCACUUCAGGAAUAUCCCUACUUUGUUUCUGAUGUCACACGUGGUGAUUUCGAGUGGACAUUAG